UGCCAUUAUCCCCGCCCCCAUACGGAAGCGGUGGUGUCCUAGGGACCCGAGAGCCGGUGGGGUCCAGGCCAUGGGGCAGCCCUGGGCGGCGGGGAGCGCGGAGGGGGCGCCCGCGCGGCUGCCCCUCGUGCUCACUGCGCUGUGGGCCACGGCUGUGGGCUUGGAGCUGGCCUAUGUGCUAGUUCUGGGUCCCGGGCCACCCCCGCUGGGACCCCUGGCUCGGGCCUUGCAGCUAGUGCUGGCCGCCUUCCAGCUGCUCAACCUGCUGGGCAACGUGGGGCUCUUCCUGCGCUCCGAUCCCAGCAUCCGGGGCGUGAUGCUGGCCGGCCGCGGUCUGGGCCAGGGCUGGGCUUACUGCUACCAGUGCCAAAGCCAGGUGCCACCACGCAGUGGGCAUUGCUCCGCCUGCCGCGUCUGCAUCCUUCGUCGGGAUCACCACUGUCGCCUGCUGGGCCGCUGCGUGGGAUUCCGCAACUACCGGCCCUUCCUGUGCCUGUUGCUUCAUGCUGCGGGCGUCCUGCUCCAUGUCUCUGUGCUGCUGGGUCCUGCCCUGUCGGCCCUCCUGCGAGCCCAUGCACCCCUCCACAUCGCGGCCCUCCUCCUGCUGCCCUGGCUCAUGCUGCUCACAGGCAGAGUGUCUCUGGCGCAGUUUGCCCUGGCCUUUGUGACCGACACGUGUGUGGCAGGUGCACUGUUGUGCGGGGCUGGGCUGCUCUUUCAUGGGAUGCUGUUGCUGCGGGGCCAGACCACGUGGGAGUGGGCUCGGGGCCAGCACUCUUAUGAUCUGGGCCCUUGCCACAACCUGCAGGCGGCCCUGGGGCCCCGCUGGGUCCUUGUCUGGCUCUGGCCCUUCCUGGCCUCCCCCUUGCCCGGAGACGGGAUCACCUUCCAGACUGCAGCUGAUGUGGGCCUCGCAGCCUCCUGACUCUAGGAAGAGCCAGAGCUGUUCGGGGAGAGGGGAGCAGGAGAGGGGGCUCCUAACUCAUCUCAGGCCCAUCCCUAACCUCAGGAGGGGAGGUGCACUGGUACUUAAUGCCUUUCGGCAACUCCAGUCCCAUCCUUGGCCUUGCCCCUGCCCAGCUUGGACUCCAGUGUCCAGGGCUUGGGCCCUGCAGCUCUGCCUCAUUGGCCCUCUGGCAGAGUGGCAGGUUUGGCAAGGGGCUGCUUGGCCAGCCUAGUCACCCCUUUGCCAAGUUAAUAAAGCGCCCACUUGGUUCUUGGA